UAUUGUUCCCAGGGAUUCACGUGAUAUAGUUCCCAGAGACCUGAUUUUCAAGCCUAUAAAAGGUUGGGAAUGUCCGGAGAUCCUCACAGUCAAGCUUCAGCUACACUAUCAGUAAGACGAAAGAUCCCAUCGGGAAUCCGAAAGCCAGCAACAUGAAGUUUUCCUUCGCCCUCUUCGUGCUCUGCACUGUUGCCUAUGCAAAUGUCAUCAAAGAUCAGAAGGAUUGUGUCAUAGACUGCUGCUGCCCUGAAAAUGGGAAGUGCAUCGAAUGCGCUGCUGCCUGUUGUGUUGCCUAUCCCAACACCAACGCUGUUUGCCAUGUUGGGAAUAACAAUUGCGAAUGCUACAGUGAAGGCUGCCUGAUCCGACCCGGAAACCAAGCAAUAGUCAAUUCUUUGGUCAAAAAAGGGACCGACCCCGCUGAUGAAAGCCCGUCGAGUGAAGUCCGCCGCAAGGUCAUGAUCGCCGUUUUCUUCUCGCCCAAAUGCGUUGUUGAUGCCAUGCCAUUUGAGGAACGACAUACUGUCACCGCACAGUGGUACGUCGAAAACUGCCGGAUGAAAGUUUUCAAAAACCUCUCCAGAGGUCGCUCCAAAUCAAGUCUCCAUCAUCAUUUCGUCCACCAAGACAAAAAGCUAGCCCACAUAACGAUCAAGAUAUUCCUCUUCAUCGGCGCCUCUAGAAUCAAUGUGAUUGAGGCCACGUCGUUUUCCCCGGACCUGCCGCCGUGA